CGUGCUUUCGAUUUUGGAUUCGUGUAAAGUUAUAGUCGAGGAAUUGAUGGAGGUCAACUUUGCCAAGAGAUCAGGAUCAGGAUAAACAAGGCCGAUGUUGAUUCACAACAAUAUUACCGCGCGAAUUCAGUUUGAUUCCCGAUAAAAUUGUGUCUACUAAUGAGACCGUCAUGCUAUGCACUUCCGCUGUAAGACAUAUAAAGCCGCACGCGCUCCUACGUCCGCGUGUUAAAGCAGUGUUGUUCGGUUCGGUCACAAAAUGCGACUACUCGGUUUAUUCCUGUUGCUCCUCAUCUGCGAGUUUGCCACGUCGAUACCAGUCGCCGACACAGGUGGUGUACAGUAUGAUGCAGGUUUUCGACGUGUAUAUCGAUCGGCUGGUAUCGCGGAUACAGUACGAGAGUGGGUCCGAACGAUGAGGAAUCGAAUCGUAGAAAAGUGGCACGAAUGGUUCGGCAAUGAUAGUCCAAAUUUGACGCCACAGGAUAUCUUGAAUAUUGACAAGAAAAUCGAAAGUCGAGUAUCCGGUUACCCAGGCCUCUUUCUGGAUUUAUCUGACGUAGCCUUCGAUCCAGACCAAGAUUGGGGUGUCCGGGUUGGUAACUGGUACCUCAUCCGAAAAGUUAUAGGGGACAAUCCGAAUUACAAUCCGAAAAAUGGUGACUGGGAUAGCAGAGUGCUGCCAAGAGUGCCUAUACCUUCACAGUUCGACUGGGUGCCUGGUGUGUUUGAAGUCCCAAAAGCCACUCAACCUCCAACAACCACCUCGAGGAACGAAUUGACCACAACAGAACGACAAACACCUCGGACCGUUCCUCAGACUGAAUCAGUCUUACCCUCUACUGAAUCAACCGUCUUUGAGCCUACUUCUACUGAGCCUACUUCUACCGAGCCUACCGUCACUACUGACGAACAGACUCUGCUUACCACCCAGUUAAUCACUACUUCGGAACCCACGUCGACUCAAGGAACUGUAGUUUCUGGCACAUCCUUUGCGACGGACGAUGAACCAGAACCAACAUCCACUGGAUCAAUAUCUACCGAGUCAAUCGCGACUUCUACCGAAUCAGCUGUUGCGACCGCUGAAUCUACUACGAUUCCGAUCGAAUCAAUAAUACCGUCCACUGAGGCAAUUCCGAUCUCCACUGUGUCAAAUGCAACAUCUGAUGGAAGUACUGUAAUUAUCACUGAACCAACUGCAAUGUCUACUGAAGAAACUAUUGCUGCUACUAUUACUACUACUCCUACUACUACUACUACUGCUACUACUACUCCUCCUACUACUACUACUACUGCUACUACCACUCCUCCUACUACUACUACUACUGAAAACCUUGCAACAUCUACAUUUAUUUUACCCACUUUUAAUAAACGGGUAGAAGACAAUGAAGCUGUCGAUAAACGUCCCAGUCGUCCUACGAAGAAACCUCGCCCAUCAUCUGCUGAAGUCGUAAUGGUUUAAGGACAGAUUACGUAUACGUACAAAGACGUAUUACGAGAUAACGAAUUCGAUUUGUUUUGUGAUUUAAUAUCGCUUAUACUAUUAGUUAAUAGUUAGAAAAUUCGAAAAUGAGCCUUUAGUUGUAAAUACAUUAACAUGAUUAGUUACAUGUAGAAACGUUAAUGUAGUAGCGCAAAUCUUGAAAAAGUAUAAUUAACAAAAGAAUAAAUAAGAAUUAUCGCAAACUGUUAGCGUAAAUUUUAUAUAAUAUACAGUGUCGAAAAAAUAAUUGACCUUUUAACACAAUUGGACGUUCCGUAUAUACUUUUACUGUUAUUUCUAUAGGAAUAAUGUAUGUGAUAAUGAUAAAACAAAAUUUUUAGGUUAUUUUUUCAUGCUGUAUAUUCUUAAAGCGCCAAAUAAUUAUACGCAACACGUGAGAUUCUCAUCAAGAAGUAUACAGGUUUAUUUUUGUAAAUUUAUUAUAAUUACAUCAAUAGUAAAAUAUUAUAAUAAUUUUUACGUCGUUGGUAAGCAAACCGUGUUCUUCAUGAUGACUUUACUAUGGAUUUACUGUAAUAAAAAGAAAGAUCGUAUUAAUAUCA